AUGUACAUCAAGACGCUCACCAUCCAGGGCUUCAAGUCCUAUCGAGACCAGACCGCCGUCGAGCCCUUCUCUCCACAUCACAACGUUGUCGUCGGUCGAAACGGCUCGGGCAAAUCCAACUUCUUCUCUGCCAUUCGAUUCGUCCUGUCCGAUGCCUAUACUUCCAUGUCGCGUGAGGAGAGGCAAUCUCUGCUUCACGACAGCUCCAGCUCCACCUCAGCUACGCUCUCCGCGUUCGUAGAGAUCGUCUUUGACAACAGCGACAACCGCUUCCCCACAAACGGCACCGAGGUCAUCCUUCGCAGAACUAUCGGUCUCAAGAAGGACGAAUAUAGCAUUGACCGCAAAUCCGCCUCCAAAGCCGAUGUUGCCAACCUGCUCGAGUCGGCCGGCUUUUCCCGCAGCAACCCAUACUAUAUCGUGCCCCAAGGCAGAAUCACGCACCUCACAAAUGCAAAGGACCACGAACGUCUCGGCCUGCUCAAGGAGGUUGCCGGUACACGCGUCUAUGAACAGCGCAGAGCCGAAUCGAUCAAGAUCAUGGAGGACACCAGUGCCAAGCGUUCCAAGAUCGACGACCUCCUCGACUACAUUGAGAGUCGUCUGCGCGAACUCGACGAUGAGAAGGAGGAGCUCCGCGAAUACUACGAAAAGGACCGCGAGCGCAGGUGCAUCGAGUACAGCCUCCAUCAACGCGAGCUCACAGAGUGUGCCGAGCUGCUCGAGAAGCUCGAGGAGGAACGCAGACGCGACGUCGACGCCUCCAACGUCCGCAGAAGCGAGUUCAACGACCGCGAGAAGCUGCUCGCUCGCCUAGAAGCAGAGCUCGCUGCCACGGGGCAGACAAUUGAGCAACGCAGUCUCGAGAAGAAUCAGCUCGAGCAAGAGAGGCGAGACGUGGCCAAGCACCUCGCUCAGAUCGAGUCGCUCGUCGAGGAGCUCGAAGAGGUGGGCGAGAAGCGCGCAGAUCGACGUGGUGCCCUGGAGACCGAGCUCGCCCGCAUCCGCACCGACAUCCAGCAAAAGCAAGCACAGCUCGAAGAGCUUCGACCCACCUUGGAUGCGCUCAACGCUGAAGCAGAGCAGCUGCGUGCAGCCCUCGAAGAGACCAAGGCGCGGGUCUUGGCGCUCUACUCGAAACAGGGUCGUUCAGCUCAGUUCCGCACACAGCGCGAGCGAGACGAAUACCUGCGUUCUCAGGUUGCUGGCCUGGACCAGUUCCUGCGCUCGCAGCAGACACGAAUCCAAGAGACGGGUCGUGAGCGUGCCACCAUCACAGAGCGAAGGGCCGCUACACUCCGUCAAAUUCAGGAGAUCGAGGCAAAUCUCGACAAUCGAAAGGAUACUAUCCAACAGCUAGCCUCCGAGUACGCCGCCAAGCGCGACCGCCGUGACGAACUCCAGGAAGUGCGCAAGGACCUGUGGAAGGAGCAAGAGUCACUGAGAUCCUCGCUCGCCUUUGCAGGCACCGAACUCUCCAACGCGCAGCGCAAGCUCGUCGGAAUGAUGGACAAGGCCACCGUCCAGGGCUUGCUUGCCGUUGAAAAAAUUGCGGCUCAACUCGGUCUCCAAGACAAUGUCAAGGGUCCCGUCUACCAGCUUUUUACCGUCGACGACAAGUACAAGACUGCUGUCGAGGUGGUGGCUGGUGCCUCGCUUUUCCACGUGGUUGUUGAUACGGAUGAGACAGCAAGCAAGCUUCUCGAAGUCAUGAACCGCGAAAAGAGCGGUCGUGUCACGUUUAUGCCGCUCAACCGUCUGCAUCCAAAGGAGACGGACUUUCCCACUACGCAAGAUGCCAUCCCUCUGAUCAAGAAGCUCCAAUUCGACAGAGCGCUCACACCCGCCUUUCAGCAGAUCUUUGGCCGUAGCAUCGUCUGUCAGAACCUUGAGAUCGCUGCCGCCUACGUGCGCAGCCACGGCGUCAAUGCCGUCACGCUCGACGGUGACAAGGUCGAGCGCAAGGGUGCGCUUUCUGGUGGUUACCAGGACCCGAGACGCAGCCGCCUGGAUGCGGUAAUGGACGUGCGCAAGUGGAAGACGCAGAGCGAGCAGGACACAGCCAAGCAGACCGAAGUGCAGCGCCGUGUCACCGAGAUCGAGCAGGAGAUCACUGGCUUGAUGGGUGAAAUGUACACAUUGCAGCAUCGGCGCGACGAAGCUCGAAACUCGCGUGGCCCGCUCAUGGACCAGCUCCAACGCGCACGCACCGAGGUAGACGACCUGGCGCAGCGCUUGCAAAGCAUCGAGCGACGCGAAGCCGACCAGAGCCUCGAGCUCAAAGCCGCGCAGACGCAGCGAGCGGGCUUGGAGGAGGAACUGCGCACGCCCAUGUCGCAGGGUCUCACAUCGCAAGAAGCCGCUCAGCUCGAGGCGCUCCAUGCGCAGGAAGACCAGCAGAAGCGCGAGCUCGCCGACAAAUCCAGCACGUUGUCCGAACUCACCAACCGCCGCUCAAUUCUCGAGAUUGAUCUCAACGAGAACCUGCGCCGACGCCAAGAAGAGAUCGGAUCGCAGCUCGAGGCGCUCGGCGAGUCGCUGGGUGACGACGAUGCAGCGUCUGCGUCGGGUGUCCAGGACGUUUCGGCUCGCAAACGUGAAAUUGACGCUCUUCGUCGUCGCAUCGCCGACCGCGAGAAGCGAAUCAAGACGAUCGAAAAGGACCUAGACCGUCUGAUGCAGUCGACCCAGGACACGCAGGCUAGCUACGACAAGACGAAGGCAGACCAGGCCGAAGAUGCACGCAGCAUCGCACGUCAGCAGAAGAAUGUCGAACGAUACCUUUCGAAGCGUUCGCGCCUGCUCGAGCAGCGCGAUCGCUGCAACCAGCAAAUCCGUGACUUGGGCGUUUUGCCCGAGGAGGCGUUUGAAAAGUACAUCAGCACGAGCUCUGACCGGCUGCUCAAGAGCCAUCGCAAGGUGCACGAGAGUCUGAAGAAGUUCUCACACGUCAACAAGAAGGCGGUGGAGCAGUACAACUCGUUUACCAAGCAGCGCGACCAGCUGUUGGAGCGUAGGGGUGAACUCGAGCAUAGUGCCGAGAGUAUUCAGGAGCUCAUCGACGUGUUGGACCAGAGGAAGGACGAGGCGAUCGAGCGCACGUUCAAGCAGGUCAGCAAGUACUUUGAAGAGGUGUUUGAAAAGCUCGUUCCCGCCGGGAGAGGUAGGCUGAUCAUGCAGCGACGGGCUGAGAUCGCCUCUGCGGCUGGCGGUGCGGCGGCGGCGGAAGAGUCAGACGACGACGCUGCGGGUCAGGUGGAGAACUACACGGGUGUCUCGAUCAAGGUCUCGUUCAACUCGAAGCACGACGAAGGUUUGCGUAUUCAGCAGCUUUCGGGAGGUCAGAAAUCGCUCGUGGCGCUGGCCACGGUGUUUGCGAUUCAAAAAUGCGACCCAGCACCGUUCUACCUAUUCGACGAGAUUGACGCCAACCUGGACGCGCUCUACAGGACGGCGGUGGCCAACAUGAUCCGCGAGCUGGCCGAGAAUGCUCAGUUCAUCACGACAACGUUCAGGCCCGAGAUGGUGCAGGUGGCAAGGAAGCAUUACGGUGUGUUGUUCGAUGCCAACAAGGUCAGCAGCAUCAGGAGCAUCAGUCGGGACGAGGCGUACGAGUUUGUGGAGGCUGCGGCUACGACUGAGCCUGCGCGUUGA